AUUAAUCCCUCAUUAGGUCAGUGCAGCCCCAGGAGCAGGAGGGUCGUGUGAGGGGCGGGAAGUCGCGUCCAGUACAGACUUCCUUUCUCCAAGCUGUCGGACAUCCAAGUUGCUCUCCAGACUUACUGCGAUUUAGUGUUAAAGCUCAAGCAGGCCUUCUCGUUAAAACACCCCAUGAUAAGUGGGAAGUGAAAAGUGAACUAAAGGUGCUGUUUACAUGACUUUUUAAGGAUCUCCAGAGACAUGGUGGAUACAAUGGCUGACAAAGAAAUAGCGAUGGAUGACGAUAUAACAGAUGCAAUGGCUGCCCCGUCGCCAGCAAAGAGUAUUGGCGACCCAGGCAUCACGCCUCUCUCCCCUACACACACAAUGAAGGAUUCCGAACAGAACGAACCGCCGAGUCACUCGUUUGUGGUGGUGGUGGCCAUCGACUUUGGCACCACGUCCAGCGGCUACGCCUACGCUUUCACUAAAGAGCCAGAGUGCAUCCACACCAUGAGGCGCUGGGAGGGCGGUGACCCGGGCGUGUCCAAUCAGAAGACACCGACCACCAUUCUUCUGACACCAGACAGGAAGUUUCACAGUUUUGGUUAUGCAGCAAGAGACUUUUACCAUGACCUGGACACCAGUGAGUCAAAGCAGUGGCUCUACCUGGAGAAGUUUAAAAUGAAACUACACACGACUGCGAAUCUGUCCAUCGACACAGACCUUCAUGCAGCCAAUGGGAAGAAAGUGAAGGCUUUGGAUAUAUUUGCCUACGCGCUGGCCUUCUUUAAGGAACAAGCUCUCAAAGAGCUGAGUGACCAGGCGGGGGCGGAGUUCGAUAACGUUGACGUCAGAUGGGUCAUCACUGUUCCAGCUAUCUGGAAAAUGCCGGCAAAGCAGUUUAUGAGAGAGGCUGCGUAUAAGGCAGGGCUGGCUUCACGAGACAACCCCGAACAGCUCAUCAUCUCACUAGAACCCGAAGCCGCCUCCAUCUACUGCCGUAAGCUCCGCCUACAUCAGAUGGUCGACCUCGGCGAUAAGACGUCCAUCAAUGGCUACAACUCGACUGAGAACGUGGGGGCGGGGAUGGCACAGGCCAAGGAACACGUGCGUCGCAACCGGCAGAGUCGCACCUUUCUGGUGGAAAAUGUCAUAGGAGAGCUCUGGUCCGAACUCAGUGAAGGUGACAGAUACGUGGUUGUGGAUUGUGGAGGAGGGACGGUUGACCUGACGGUGCAUCAGAUCCGCAUGCCUGAAGGUCACCUGAAGGAGCUCUACAAGGCCUCAGGAGGUCCAUAUGGUUCAAUCGGCGUUGACUAUGAAUUUGAGCAGCUACUCUGCAAGAUCUUCGGUCAGGACUUUAUUGAUCAGUUUAAGAUAAAGCGGCCGGCUGCGUGGGUGGAUCUCAUGAUAGCAUUCGAGUCCCGCAAGAGAGCUGCAGCCCCUGAUCGUGCCAACCCUCUAAACAUCAACCUGCCCUUCUCCUUCAUCGACUACUAUAAGAAGUAUCGCGGCCACAGCGUGGAGCACGCGCUGCGUAAGAGCAAUGUGGACUUUGUUAAGUGGUCAUCUCAGGGCAUGUUGAGGAUGAGUCCGGAUGCCAUGAACGCUCUGUUCAAACCCACCAUCGACCACAUCAUCCAGCACCUCAAGGAGCUGUUUGAGAGGCCCGAGGUGACCGAUAUCAAGUUCCUGUUCUUGGUGGGUGGAUUUGCCGAGUCGGCGCUCCUGCAGAAGGCGGUGCAAGACAUGUUGCAGGGAGGGAGCCGAGUCAUCAUCCCACACGACGUGGGUCUGACCAUCCUGAAGGGAGCCGUGCUGUUUGGAUUGGACCCGAGCGUGAUCAGGGUACGCCGCUCGCCUCUCACCUACGGCGUGGGUGUGCUCAACCGCUUUGUGGAAGGGAAGCAUCCACCUGAGAAGCUUCUGGUACGUGACGGCACUCGCUGGUGCACCGAUGUCUUCGACACGUUCAUAUCAGCUGACCAGUCGGUGGCGCUGGGUGAAACGGUGAAGCGCAGCUACACACCAGCCAAACCCUCCCAGCAGGUCAUCGUCAUCCACGUGUACUGCUCAGAGCGGGAGCGUGUAGGCUUCAUCUCAGACGCAGGCGUGCGAAAGUGUGGCACCUUGCGCCUUGAUGUCAGUGGCACAGAAAGUCCGGCAGCUGGGGUACGCCGCGAGAUCCAGACGCUCAUGCAGUUCGGCGACACCGAGAUCCGAGCAAUGGCCAUUGAUGUGGCCACUAGUCGCAUGGUCAAGGCUAGCAUCGACUUCCUUGGCCAGUGAGAGGAAGUGAAGGGAAGAAAAUGAAGAUGUAUUUAACAUUGCACCAGCCCUUUAGCUGGAGAUCUGCUUUCCUACAGAAUUUAGCUCCAGUUCAUUAUGAAUACAGCUGAUUCAGCCUAUCAUGUCGUCCUGAGCGUACUGAGAAAUCAGAGAUUAUUCCAUUAUAUUAAGGUUGGAAAGUGGAUCUCCAGGAAAGGCUGCUCGUGAAUUACAGCAAAUUAUAGGCAGCAGUAACUUAAAGGAAACUCCAGUAUCUUUUAACCUGAUCUCUAUCCAGUACAUCUGUAGUGUCUGUGUUAUUAACACAGCUUAGAAAUUCAGCUUGUGCUUGAUUUAAAAAAAAAAAAAGAAAGAAAAAAAAAGUUCCUAUCCCUUGUCCUGGAGAAUUUCCUGUUUUAGACAUUUUAGUGUCUUUGGUGCACAAACACACUUCAAGUGAAGAAGGGCUGUUAAUGAGCUGACUAGUUGAAUCGCAUUUGUUAGGGCUAAAAUGUGAAGAACAGGAGGUUCUCCAGGACCAGUGCUCUACAGGACAUCCUGUUUGCUCAAACACUUCUAAUAGAAAGGUCUCAGGCAGUUGUUAGUAAAGUGGUUUGUAAACAGCCAUGUGCAGUUUAUUCACUGUCUAGGUAUACGGUUGUGUUUUAAAUUUAUUACUCAUGAAGUUUGUUAACAUCUGCCCUAUUAUAAGUGUGUUGCGAGUGAACAGGAUUUCUAUUCUUCUAUCCAUGCAAAGAAAAGUCACAGCAUUGUUAUAUAUAAUCACACACACAGGACUUAAGAGAUUUGGAUGGAACAUGCAGGAGUUUUCCUUUAACAGUUGCUGAGUAUUAUCUGAAACUGGAGGAUCUGCAGCAGGUAUCCUCUGUAUAAACAGUGUAGGCUGUUUUCUGAUGUUACUGUGGGUUCAUUUAUUGACUUCCUGAUCCUAUACCACUUUUUAUUUUAUUUUUCUUUAAACAAAAACAAAUUAACAAUCUAGUCAAGGGUUAAAAGAAUGUGAGCUGCAUUACAUGUUUCCUCAAUAACUUGCAUACUCAUGUAAUUGCAUCUAGCUGGUUCAUGUCACUCUUGCUCUUUUUUUUUCUUUCACCUGAUCAGAUAGAUGCUUUUUAAACACUGGUGAUUGCGUAGCUGGGACUGCAGGAAAAGUAUGUGGGUUUCCUUGUUGUUUGGUCUUUAAGGGAAAGAGUAGAUAAGCCAGGCUUUGGUGAGUUUAGCUGGAUUUUAAGAAAUGGGUUAUAGCUUCCAGUUGUCCUGUACAUUCUGGCUAUUUAAAGAGUAUUUGACCAAGCACAUUGUCUUUAUCUAGCAAGUAAAGAUCCUGAUCUGAUCCUUUUCCGUGAAAUCUAAACUGCAGAAAAACUCAUUAUAAGGCUCAUUAUAGUGGCAUGUAUCUGAUAAAACCCACACACACCUUUGAGGUUGCCAGAAAUGGCCGAUAACAUCAACAUCACCCUCUUUAAAUCAAGCUCUGGUCUUAGUUUCUACUAAUGCAAGGUUUUACAAAGAACUAGUAGUCAGAAGUGGUAAAGUUUAUUUAACCAAGAUUAAAACUCAUUGAGAUUCAGUCUCUUUUACAAGAGUGACCUGGACAAGAAAGCAGCAUAAAGACACAAACACAAUAAAUACAACAUAAAAACAACAUAUAAUUAAAUUUAAGUUAUAUAGUAAGUUUUAGGGAAGCACGGUGGCUUAGUGGUUAGCACGUUUGCCUCACACCUCCAGGGUCAGGGUUCGAUUCCUGCCUCCGCCUUGUGUGUGUGGAGUAUGCAUGUUCUCCCCGUGCUUCGGGGGUUUCCUAUAGGUACUCCGCCGGUACAAAGACAUGCAUGGUAGGUUGAUUGGCAUCUCUGGAAAAUUGUCCGUAGUGUGUGUGAGUGAAUGAGAGUGUGUGUGUGCCCUGCGAUGGGUUGGCACUCCAUCCAGGGUGUAUCCUGCCUUGAUGCAUGAUGACGCCUGAGAUAGGCACAGGCUCCCGUGACUCGAGGUAGUUUGGAUAAGCAGUAGAAAAUGAGUGAGAGUGACUGAUAAGUGUUACACAAUAAAUUCACCCAGUGAAGGAUCACAGGACGUUUUAACUGUUGAUGAGGCAUUUAAAGAUAAAGCCUUUCUUUUCCCGGUCAGACCUUACAUGAGGAACAGCAAGCUGCUAAUAAUGUAUAACUAUCUAAUACUAGAUGAAUCAAGAGCUUUCGGGAUGAAAUGAUAACUUAAUUUUUACCAAUGCAAUGAAACCUGACCUACAUUUAAAGUUCAGAAUCUUCCACAGAGACACAACUCUGCUUAAGCACUUCAACCCGAGUCUAAAUAGCAGUUCAAUCCGGAGGUUUGAAUACUACACGAUAAACAGAAUACAUGCAUUAAGGUAUGCAUUAAGGUAUUGUUUUAAAGCUGUAUUUAAUUAUUUACCUCAGAAUUCUUGAAAUGGUUGCAGUCCCAGUCGGAUGCAGCUGAAUACACACAUCCUCUUGGGUGGAGAAAGAAAAAAAAAGAUGUGAACAUUUCAUUUACCAGCUGUGUUUCUGAGCCACCAUCUCAGUCUUAACCCUUUUUCUUCUGUUAUUAAUGUAAAGGAAAUCAUGGAAAUCAAGGAAAGGGGGAUCAGUAGACAGUCCGGAUCUGUAGACAGUCCUGAGAGAUUAAAUGGAUUAAAGCGAUAAAAUACAGGGAUGUUAGGACUUUCGUAGUUUCUUCAUUCGUGUCAAGUUUUCUGGCUCAGCAAAUAUCUGACGUUACUGCAGGCUCGAGGAGCAAAAAGUCGCCGUGGAACCGAUCAAACCUCAGCUGUUAGUAGCAGAGCCCCGAGCUCAUCCUUACAGCACAGACGCUAAAACACGGCAAAAACCCCACGCGAUCCAAGCUAGUGAAACUACAUCCAGUGUACCUUACAGUUUGUUUGACCUUUUUUACUUUUUAUUCUUUUAUCAUCGGUGCUCAGAGAUUGUGUUUGUCUAUAUAAUAUAGUAUUGUCUCUAAUAAGGAUUAACAUUGUUUGUUUUUGGGGGUUUUUUCACUAACAUCAUACUCAGUCUUGCCACAUUAUAGGUCAGUAAAUUGCGCUGAGGUGGGAACAAUAUUGGAAUCCACAAAUCCUGGAAUGUGAAUUUAUUAUUAUUAUUAUUAUUAUUAUUUUGUUUAUUAGGCGGUGCAGGAGAAGCUGCUCACCACAUUUGGAGAGAGUGGAGUGUGAACAUAGCCAUCGCAGUGUGCUUGUUGCCUUUAGCGGUCUCGCUCAGCAGAAACGAGAAAGACACUGACCUUGAUUUUAUUUGUUCAGUUUCCUUUUGUAUUCUUGAUUUUUAUUUCGAAUUGGCGAAAGGUCGCCAUUUAUUUCUGUAAAUACCAUAUUUAAAGAUAUUGUACAGAUUUUUAGAGUUGAGUUUGUGCUGUUUAGCAGCUUGCGGAGCAGAGGGUGUGUGAGUGCUAGCUUGCGUGCGUGUAUGUGCUUCGAGUUGUCUUCACUCUCACCAGCCUUUGCAUAUACACACACACACACACACACACACACACACACACACACACACACACAGAGAGAAACAUUCACAUAGCAGAUGUACUUGAGAGAAUCUGCUUGUCUGUAGAAAACCACAAGAAAAUAAAGACUUGAAACCUUCAUUGCUAUAGAGAUCAUAUAUAUAUAUAUAACAAAAAAAAAAGAUUUGAGGUCAGGAGAAUUAGAGAGGCCCUGAUUUGGCUGUGUUUAAGGUCUGUAGCUUUAUCUUCUUAGCUUUAUCGUACAGUGCAUCAAUCCAGAGGAGAAACAGAGGUACUGCUGCUUUUAAGUCAGACCCUAAUUUGAUUAAGAAUUGGUGCAAAACAUCUGUACCGGCCAAAUCAAUCAGACGAUAAAUGACGAGCAAUAAGGUAUCAUAAUGUUUAUACCAUGCGCCGCCUGUGCUACGCUGCAGCUCGGCUCGCAUCCGAGCUUAAAGCUAUAUGUAUGAAUAUACAAUGAAGAAAACUUCAACAAGCCUUUUAAACUACUCACACUGAUUCAUUUAACUGAACAAGUGUUAAUCUGCUGUGGAAAAUUGUGUAUUGCAGUGUUUAUAAAAAACAAAACAAAGGUGAGCCAGCAUGAGAGGCCUUUUCUUUCUCAUAUGAUCACAUUUGAUAUUAAAAGUUAUUAGGCGCUAAUAUAUGAUUCUUAAAGAGCUGAUAAAUCGAGCUGCUUCACGCUAACGCGACUUUAUGUAUUUGCAAUACUGAAAGAGAGAGAGAGAGAGAGAGAGAAUCACUGUCUCUGUUCAUCAACGCUUAUAAAAGUCAAUAUAUUUGCUCAGUAUAGAACCUGUACUAGUACUAGCUUUAUUACAGUAUUAAAACGUAACCUCAGUUCACCUGGUGACUCGUUUUCUCAAAUCCUUGCUGAAACCGAGUACCAUGACGAACACUUAAACAGCCUGGACGCCGCCUCUCGUUUUAGAAACACGUGUACGUCGCAAAGUUGCUUAACUUGAUUGCAUUUGCUAGGUUACUGAUAUAAUCAUCAACUUCAGUGACACAAUUUGCAUGACUAACUACAGAGACUAGCAAAAAGGGAUAAACAAACCUAUAUUUUCGCUGCCAUUGGCUGUGCAUGCUAAACAGGAAAUGACGUAAACGGCUUAAACGUGCACACAUUAAGACUAACCUGUACUUGUGUUAUUUCAUGACCGAGUGAGGACUGGGAAGUUUCUCACCUCUCAGUUAGGAGAAAAAAAAUAAAAACAAAUAUUUGGUUUAUGAAUCUCACCCUGGAAAGUUAGACUUUGUGAUAAGCUCCAGCUUCAUAUACUGAUUUCAACAUGGUGACAUCUAUAACACAAUGAAUGUGUUUCCUGUCUUUUAGGCAACAUUGUGAGUCUGUUUGUGUUUGAUGUUUUAGCACCGAUGUCUCGAAAUACAUCACUCGAAUCUCUAACUCAUCUUGUGGCAUAAUUGUCGAACUGUAUCAAACACCUUCAUGUUCUAAUGCUGUUUCAAAAUAAAGAUUAACUUUAAACAGUUGAGAAAAAACAUUGAGAUCAAGUUCCAAGUCCUUGGGGUCAUGAACACAGCAAUACACACACUUGCAUGUACAAUGUCACUGCAUACGCACUUCAUAACUGAACUAGCCUUUUUUGCUGUCUUUGCUAGCUAGUUUACGUUCCUCUUGUGACAUAACAAGGUAUUGUUUUGAAACCUUUGUCAGAUGCCACAUGUUCCCAGAUGCCAUUGUCACUCCUGCUAGCCUUGCAUGCUAAAGAGGAAGUGAGAACCUUAUAUACACACACACACACACACACACACACACACACACUACAGUCCUGUCUUUUACAGUCAGGAAUCAUGACCUUAUGAAGAUCAAGAUUUACCUACUGAACUCUCACCACGCUGCCACUUAGUGUUAUGCUAUAAAGCCAUGUGCUGCCUCUUUAUACUCUCGCUAAUGCAGUGUUUCACUUAUGCAGGAAAAGACAGAUCAUUCAUAGCCACUGUUUCUAUUCUGUUCUCUAUGCCAUGCUAUGUCCUGAUUGUUUAAUGCCUUUUUUCCCCUUGCUGGAGUCUGAAUGCUGCUCAGCCGGUGGACACUGCUCUCUACAGCAUACAUAAACACAUUGAACUCCAUCACGCAUCACUUUCUGUGUUCUGUCCUGUAUCCCACUCAUACGCUGUCUCCUGUGGUCACUUCACAGCUACUUCUCUCGCUGUUUGCACACAAAAUAGUAGGUUACAACUGUAUUACAACCAAUGCCAAGUACCCAAACUGUCCUCCAAUAAAAUAUCUGUAUCAAAAA